ACACGUGACGUGAAAGCACUGAUUUUACUUUAGUUCUCCAGCUGUUGCUUGGGAUGUCGAAUGCACGCAUUGAAUUGUGGAGGAAGGAAAGACAGGAACUAGAGUAAAUCAUGGACGCAGCCGACUCGGAGCCCAACUUUCUAUGACGAACUAUGAAAACUCCAUCAUUUGAAUGACACAAAUGUGACUUAUUACUUCACAACUGGAGGCAAUUAUAAACAUACAUCAGAGUUGUCGGUUUAGGAGCUCAAUUCUGCCGACUUGAGACAGGUACGACAAAGGACAGGAGGAUAGCAUGUCCAUCAGCUCACUCAUUGAACGCAGCGAGGAGAAGAAAGGGAGCUUCUUCAAGCUGAUUGACUCGUUUGUCUGGGAGAUCGGGACUCUGAAGAAGGAGAUGGUGCAAAAGGCUGAGCAAGCAGAGGGAGAUCCAGAGCCUGUAAUACUACAGGGGCUAGAUGGGCAGGUGGGAGGUCUGUUCCUACCUCCCUGUGUUGGUGUGCGGGCAGGGCUUGCUGGAGUUAGGGAUUCAGGCUACGACUCUUUGCGUAGAAGGAUGAGUGUGCUGGACAGGCUGGUGCAAACGCACGCUGUGUGGCUGCAGCUGGGACUGAGCCGGGCAGAAGCCACACGCAAACUGCAACCACAGCCCACUGGGACGUUUCUGGUGAGAAAGUCGACUACCCUGCAGAGGAAGGUGAUCUCUCUGCGGAUGCACCAGGACUCUGAGACACCCGUCAAAGAUUUCCCUGUGAAGGAGUGUCAAUACACAUUCUCCUUGGAGAGAUCAGGCCUCAGCUUUGCAGACCUGUUUCAUCUUGUGGCUUUCUGCUGCAUCAGCAGGGAUGUCUUGCCAUUCACUCUAAAGCUUCCUGAAGCCAUCUCUGCAGCCAGGACGCCAACAGACUUGGAGGUGGCCAAGCAAGGAGCAGGGUUCUGGGACUCUGAGCGUUGCCGCAGGAGGAGUUCUCUCUCCUCGUUGUCCAGGACAACCACCCACGACAAAUCACCUAGCCUGAGGCAGAGAUCCGUUUACACUCCCCUGGUCACCCGCACCCCGUCCCAGCUGGAAUGUUCCCAGUCCAACGGGGCUCUCUGCUUCAUCAACCCCCUCUUCCUAAAGGUUCACCAUCCAGAGGGUGGCAACCACACCUUUCCCUCCUACACCAGCCACAACAACAACCCCCAGCACCUAAACAAUAGCAGUACAACUACAGCUACAACUGUACAAGUACAACAGCACUCUACCAGCAACCCAGAGCAACUUAAAGACAGCCCUCAACCCCAUAGCGACAGCCCUCAAAGUGAUAGCCCUGGCAAUAGCACCCAGCAUCAUAACAGCUGUGGCAGCGUGAGCCGGGCUAACAGAGUUUCCCUCCCACCACCUCCUCGCCCCCCACCUCCCUGCUGUGCCCCCCGUCGCCCUGCCUCACCUCAACGCCAGCGCAGCAUGCCUGAGAAGAUAUCCUGGAUCAAUCCCCCCAAAGAGAAGGAGAGGGUGGGAGAGAGGGAGAAGAGCAGUAGCCUUCUCUCCCGCCUGGGCUCCACUCUCAGCAUCAGCCCUUCCUCAUCUUUCCUCUCCUCCUCUUUCCUCUCCUCCUCCCCUCCCAAGAAGCGCAGCAUCAGUGCCCCCAUCUCUAUCCCCCUGUCCCUCUCCUCUCCAAGUGACGUCGACUGCCGUCUUGUUCUCGAUGACCAGACUAUUGAGAACGCCAUAUCUCUCAGUCUGGCUAAGCGGGCACUGAGAAACGCCACCACCCCCGAUGAAAACACAGAGGGAAACAGUCCGUCCACUCAAGACCAAGCCCUCUCCUGCCAAGAGGAAGGAGGAGGAAGAGGAAGAGGCGGAAGAGAAGAGGACUGCAUCCAGCGCCUGAGCGACAUGAGUAUUUCCACCGACUCCACUGACUCAGUAGACUUCUCCCAGGGCUUCUUCCCCCCAAUCGCUGAACCCAGCCCACCCACCACCAAUAACCUGGUGCUGCCCCUCACCCACCCCUACAGCAGCAUGGAGGAAGACGAUGAUGAAGACGAAGCAGACUUUGGCGUGAGUGUGGAGAACGACCAAGACCAGGACCUGACCAUCACCCCUCCCGGGCUGCGCACCAAACGACGAGCCAGUGUCGGAGCCAUGGUCAUCCAGCAGGCCCUCAGGGGCCACUUCCGUAAGAUGAGUGGGGUAUUCAGCUCUCUCCUAACCCCUGAGAAACGGGCCAUACGGAGAGUCCUGGAGCUGUCCAGGGAUAAGGGCUCGUACUUUGGAUGCCUAGUGCAGGACUACUUGAGCUUCUUGCAGGAGGGAGGGGGCUGCCAGGCCUGGCAGUGCCACGCCUCAGGGCUGGAGCUGCUGCAGACGCUACGCCAGUUCAUCACCCAGAUGAAGAGCUACCUGCGGCAGAGCUCUGAGCUGGAGCCCCCCAUCGAGUCACUCAUCCCAGAGGACCAAAUUGACUAUGUCCUAGAAAAAGCCAUGCAUAAGAUAGUCCUGAAGCCCCUGAAAGGUGUGGUGGGGGUGGCCCUCCAGGAGUUCCAGGUCCGCAGCGGGGCGUGGCAGGAGCUCAAGGAGAACCUCUCAUUGGCCAAGGCCCGGCAGCCUCAUGAGAUGGGCGUGGCCAACGCCUUCCCUCCGGAUCCAGUUAACAUAGAGAAAAUCCGGCACAAGUUCCACACCAUGUGUAAACUCUAUUCACCUGAGAAGAAGGUGACCAUGCUGCUGCGCGUAUGUAAACUCAUCUAUACCAUCAUGGAGCACAAGUCAGGUUGUCUGUAUGGAGCAGAUGACUUCCUGCCCAUGCUGACCUAUGUGUUGGCCCAGUGUGACAUGCCUCAACUAGACAACGAGAUCCUCUACAUGAUGGAGGUUCUGGAUCCUUCUCUGCUGCAUGGAGAAGGUGGAUACUACCUGACCAGUGCAUAUGGAGCCAUGUCCCUCAUUAGGAACUUCCAAGAGGAGCAAGCAGCUCGUGUACUCAGCUCUGAAACACGCAACACACUCCGCCAGUGGCACUGUCGCCGCACCACCCAGCACAGUGCGCCCUCCGUCAAUGACUUCCAGAACUACCUGCGGGUAGCGCUCCAGGACAGCGGUUGCACUGCCAAAACUCUGCAAGUGCAACCCUAUGCCACGACUGAGGAAAUCUGCCAGAUUUGCGCCUACAAGUUUAACGUUUCCGACCCUGAGAAUUACGCCCUAAUCCUGCUCACUGAGGGCUCAUGCCAGCAGCUAGCCCCCGACACACACCCCCAGAAGAUCAAAGCUGAGCUCCACAGUCAACCCCAGGCCGCACCUUUUCACUUCGUCUUCUGUCGGGUGGCUAACCUCAAUGACCUGGCCGCAACCUCGUUUGAACCCCAGUCCAACCUCAAUGACAUCACACUUACCAAAGAAUCUGAGCCCAACCUUAAUGGUGUGGCCUUGACCCCUUCUGACCCCCAGCCCAACCUCAACCUGGGUCUCAGUCCCAGUCUCAGCCUCAGUCUACCCCCCCAACCAGCACAAUGGUAACUCCAUAUCCAUCUGAGACUACAGGGCUGGAGAGUUUAAACCCCUAUCUGGACUACCAUCACUCUUACUGUACCCCAACAAAACUGGGCUGAACUGUGUUUAACUGGUCUGAGCUAGGCUGAACUGGGCCUAACCGGGUUAAGCUGCAUCAUGCUGAGCUUAGCCCCAAAAAACUUCCCCUUUUGGUGAUUAUUCUGUCUUGCAGGGAAUCCUCACUGUAAAGCUUUGUCUGAGUACAAGAGGAAAGGAGAGGAAGAGGGAAGGAAAUGCGACAGAUGGGGUUAUUUUGCAGCUCUAUUUGUGAACUUUUGGGACAUGGCACACGUGAGGGCACACGUGAGGGCAAACGCAACUCUCAUAAAAGAUGGAUAAAGGUUUUGAAAUAGUCUUGUUACAGACAGCCAGACAGUUCAAUUCCAAAAGUGUCAAAGUGCAGAUUCAGGGUCAGUUUUUGGUUUGUCACUCCUAGUGGUGAAGCAUAGGAUUAAGUAAAGGGAAUGCUGAUCUCAGAUCGGUGGAUAGGGUUCACUUUUAUCUGCUUUGGUUCCCAUCUAGGGAUGUACUCGUUCAUUCCAUUAACUUUUUCAUCAGACUGAAAAUGUUCCUUUUCAGGCAGAAAAGAGCCUCCAAGUCUUUACAGAAAAUAUACAGCAAUUAUUUUAUCUGGGUGAUACUUCUAUAAUGAAUUACUUGUUGCAGUUGCUGGUAAACUGCAUUGUGUUUUUAUUGAAUUUUUAUGUUAUGAAUUUUUAUGUUAUAGCAUUGCUUUUCUUUGUUAAAGUAAAAUGUUAGGAGCAGGCAUGUCUGCCAGUGAUGAAAUUAUUAACUUAAUGUUUUUAUGAUUAUCCAGGAGAUAUGAUACUGUACUUCCCUCAUAGCUAAUACUUAGUUAAUCGAGGUCAUCCCUCCCGUAAUAAUGGGUGUGAUCAUAAGAUAUGUGAUUGACUGACUUGGUCUACGGUACAAGCGUCAAAUCGUCGACAAGGUCAUGAAAUAUUGUACUACUGACAAAUAUUAAAAGUAGGCCUAAGUUGCCUUGUGAAAUUUAGUGUGUUGAUUCUCAAACUGGUCUGAGAUUCUGCGCGCGCACACAAACGUGUGUGUGUGUUUUGACUCUUGACUGGUAAGAUUUUUAGCGUUGGGUAUGAGAGGGUGCAGAUUUAAAAGAUGGAAAGAGAAGGGAAAGGAGUAAGAAGAGAAGUAGAACUGAAUCAUUAAUGAAAUAGUCUCUGUUCUUUAACUUAACACAGAUAAUGGUAACACAUUCUAUUCUAUUGUAUCAGUUCUUUAAUGUUUACAUUAUGAAAUGUAAACAUGGGCAUUGCUGGAGAGAUGACCAAAAAGUGAAAUGGGGAAAUGUGCUUGAGAUAAGGUUGAGUAACCAGAGCAUGAUUGUUAAGCAGUAGCAUUAUUGUUAGAAAAACUAUGUAGCUUAUGUUAGUUCAAAUAUAUUAAACUAUUUGGACUUUUUAAUAAUAGAUGUGUACUGUAAUACAAUUGCUACUCUAACAAGAUAUUUUAAAUGAUACAAAUGUUAGUAUUUAUAUGUAUCGGUGCUGGGAUUUUUCACAUAUAGCUUUUUUCCCAUGUCUGUCGUAUUGCAGUUGUCCCAGAUCAACAAGACAUGUCCUUAUGUUCCAAUGCUGUCUGCAUCAUUGAAUGAUAUUAUUUUGCACUCAAUACAUUUUGGUCAUGACUAAUUAC